CGGCGACGACACGUCCAACAUGCCCAAAGUACUGAGCUACACGCCGGCCUGGCUCGCCCGCCCGAGCCCCGGCUACCAUCUGUUUGCGCCCAAACAAGCUGCUAGCAACGGCGUCGCGCCUAGGAAGCAGGAAGCUGGCCCGCGCCGCACCAUUGCGACGAGAGGCUCUGAAGUGUUUGUGGCAGCGGGCAACGAGCUUCGUUGGGCGGAUCUGGUUAACCUGAAAGACGGCACUGCGCCUGCAUACCGCACCCUCAAGGUCUCCAUUCCGCUCCCCAUCACACGCCUCACUAUCUCGCCCGCCGGUGACUACCUCGCCGUCUCGACGUCCCACACAGUCCACGUCGUCAGCCUGCCCGACUCGGCCCACCUUGCGUCCGGCGACGACAGCCCCAUCAAGCCCAAGACGUUCCAGGUAGGGCCGACGGCGCACGUGCUGGAGGAGUCGCCCAUCGCAACCACGCUGUGGCACCCCCUGGGCUACCAUGGCCGCUGUCUGGUCACCAUCACAAAGGCCGGCGUGGUGCGCCUGUGGGAAGUGAACCGCGCCGACCGCUCGACCUUCAACGAGCCCACCCUCUCCAUCGACCUGCCCAAGCUGGCCAAUGCCACAACCGACCAGGAGGAUCUGUCCGCCUCCAAGUACGGCGCCUCCAAGGGCUUCUCGCCAGACUCGGUCGAGCUGGAGGUUGCCUCGGCCUGCUUUGGCGACUUCCCCGAGCAGGAGGGCGUGCACGGCUGGGCGCCCAUGACGCUGUGGAUUGCGACCGUGUCGGGGGAUGUCUACGCGUUGUGUCCGCUCCUGCCGAGCAAGUGGCAGCUGGUCGAGUCGCCCGGGUCCUUCACUUUCCUGCAGACGCUGGCUUCGUCCGUCAACAUCAACUACGCCGAGCUCUCGGAAGAGACUGAUGCGCCGAAAUACGAUGUCAAGACUGCGGAGAAACAGGUCGCCUGGCUGGCGGACAUCAUCUACGAGGAGCCCUUCAUGGAGGAACUGCCUGAUGGCGACUCGGUCAAGGUCUUUGUGCGUCCGAGGAGUACCCCCGCCGUCCCGCUGCUGCAGGGCCCCUUCACCAUCACACCUGAAGUCGAUGACUUUGAGCUGAGCGAUAUGAUCGUCUUUUCGCUGAAGACCUUUUCCGACGGCACAGACGAGGAAGCAGCAGAGGGUCUGCCCACCGCUGUUGUGUGUCUCCUCACCGAUACAUGCAAGGUGCACGUGUGUCUGGACCUGGAGGGAGUCGUUGGGCGUUGGCUGCCGUCUCCUGAGGAUGAAAUCGACAUCUCAGAUACACCCGAGCCCGAACUCAUCAUCGCCGAAACAAUCGCCCUAACACGCGACGAACAAUCAACCUUCACCCAAAGCAUCACCCCAGACGUCCACACAGACUUCUCCUUCUUCGUCUCGCACGCCACAGGAGUCCACUACAUCUCCCUCGAGCCAUGGAUCACCAAGCUCGAAAACGAACUCUCGGAACCGCAACCCGACGGCGCAGACUUCCGGCUGCAGCGCCUCCUCGAAUCCGCAAACAGCGCCGUGGAGCAGCACCUCACGCGCAAACCCGACACAAACGACCCCCACCACCAAGUCCCCGCCUGCGUCGUCAUCGAAGACGGAAAUACAGGCUACAUGCUCCUCACGACGAACACGGCCAACGAGCCCGUCGCCGCCCUCCUCGACGCCCCGGAAUCAGACGUCCCCACCGCCGCCCAACUCGCAGACUUCAUGAACGUGCCCCCCUCGCACACAGAAGUCCGCGAACCAUGGCAACCCCCCCGAGACCUCUACGCGCCCUUCGACCUGCGCAACGCUAUCGCAAUCCCCGCCCGCCACCGCGCUCAACUCACGCAGGAAAUCCGCCUCAGCCCUGCGAACCUCGAGCUGCUCAUGGACGUGCACCGCGUGCUGGCCGCGCACACGGCGCGCCUUCAGGCCGCGGUGGCGGAGCUGUUCAAUCGCGCGACGCAGCUACAGGACGUGUUUCGCGACCAGGUUACGAGGAGUGCGUUGGUUGCGUUGCGGGUGGAUGCUGCUACCACCUCUACAUCUACCCCCGACACCCACAACAACGACGCAGAAGACAGCAUAUCCUCCCGCGUAGAAAGAGUUCAGAACAGACAACUCGCCAUCUCGCACCGCUACGAGGCUCUGCGCCGCAGAAUGCACUCCCUCGGCACCCCGGAUCUUAGCGCCAGGGAGGCCGCGUUUGUGGAUGAAUUGGCCGCUAUGCAUGGUGCGGUUGAUGCGCGGAGUGAGACGCUGACGGGUGAUGUGGAUGGUAAGGUUGUGCCUGCUUGGCAGCGGCUGGAGAGGUUGAAGAAGUUGGAGGGUGAGCUGAGGGGGCAGGUUGGGGAGUUGGGUGGUGGUGCGGGUGCGGGUGCGGAUGGACGGGCGGGCAGUAAUGGGAAUGGUGAAGCGACAACGACAAGACCGAGUGUUAAAAUCGACAGUUUGUCUCGAAAGGCGGAGACGGAGCGUAUUCAUGAGCUGUUGCAGAGGAAUACGCAUCUUGUUGAUGUGGCGGCUAGUCGACUGAGGGGGUUGGGCGUUGUGCUGCCUGGGUUGGGGGUGUAGGGGUGUAUCGGUAUGGGUAUGGGGGUGUUGAUGGAUUGAAU